AUGGCCAGCAUUGUAAUCAUCAUCCCAGCAGGUUCAACCAUCUUCAUAGAAGACCAAUUCGGGGGUCUCACGGCAACGCCGACUUUUGUGCCAAAGUUCGCUGGCACCAAUGGACCCUACACCUUCACCACAGACGGGUCCAUCGGCGCUGCGAGCCUAGCUAGUACGACCCCAACUUCCACAGCCUCAAUCACGAGUGUGCUGCUCUACUACGGGCAAAGUGUUGGCAAUUUCGCCACCCCAGUCUUCAACAUUCCCUCGCCGACCCUGACCACCUUUGCAUCAGGCAUGACACUUUUCGUCCCGGUCACGACAUCACUGGUCAACACAAUCAGUGCUCAAAGUCUGUUCGAUGCGCUUUCAUCAUAUGACCUCACGACUUCAGCACAAAUCGCUGGCACGGUCAGCUCGAGUGGCAGAGCACUACCGACGGGAAGUGGCAACCGGCCAAGUUUUUGGGUAGCUAGUGCUCAUAGCCAUCAGAUUUUGGUUGGAGGAGUGAUCGGAGGCGUAUUCGGUGGACUUGUUGUGGGUCUGGCGCUCGGCAUCUUGAUUGCAUGGUACUGGUUCGUGAGACGAGGUUCGGUGGCGAAGACUGCAUCGACCCGGUCCCUGGACAGAGCGUGGCUCUCAACGAACUCGUCCAUCGAGCAUGAGAUGCAGCUCAUCACUACUACAAAAUAG